UACAUAAUUUUUCUUUUCUUUCAUGAAUUUUCUUUGAACGUUUCUGCUUAUUCCUACCACACUCAUUCUGCUAUCAUCUCCAAUUUGAACAUUCAGACUUCAAAUUAUUGGAUCACGGUCCAUAGUGUGCAAAGCAUCAGUGAUGGUGGUAUACUAGACUCCGAUGACCUGGUUGUAGAUGUUGCCGAUGAUCGAGAAAAGCUGUUAGCAAACUUUGAGGAGCAGGAUGGUCCGAGGCCGACUCACAGUAUAGGGGACGGUACAAGUGCGAGUUCAGCAGGCACAGCCAGCCCGGACAUGUUCCACACGGAAGACAUCAUCAACACCAAUAACAGCAACAAGAGUUUUAAUGGUUGUGAUGUAUGUGACCAUGAUAACCACAAUCAGAUGGAUGUUGUGGUGACAGAUGAGCACAUCAAUGCAGGUACUACUUUGCAUGUAAGGAGGGGAAGUGAACCUGUGCGGACAUACAGUGAGAAUAAUAAUAGUAAGCAUCAUAGAGAAGAGGAAAGAUGGGGAUCAGGUGAAAUUCUUGAUGAGCUUGACAAAGAUGCACCGUCAGCAUUCGAGAGGCUAAGUAAAGCCAGAAGCAGCUUUGACGGUCUAGAUUCAAAUAGCGCAUUCUCACGGUUCGGACGUGACUCCAAGAGGCAAUCGAUGACUGGUACCGCAAUCAAUAAGUUCAUUAGUACGCAACAAUCCAAUCAGAGUGACGAUCGGACAGAACCUGUUGGAGAGAGCUCAAAGUCAAGUUCCUCAGCUGUCGAAAUGGAAACAAAAGUAAUUGACAUCAGCAAUGAUGGGUCUCCACUUGGUGUCCACAUAGUUCCAUUUGUAGAAAAUGCUGAUGGCAGCGCUUUUGGUAUGGUUGUGCAUGACAUAGAACCCAACGGUCGAGCGGCGAGGGAUGGCCGACUAAGGCCGGGUGAUCACAUCAUUGCUAUUGAUGCUUUUCCCAUCUUUGAUGAAAGUUUCGACAGUGCUCAAGACUUAAUGAAGGAAGCUAUGAAAGUUUCUUCUGUAUCUUUAAAAAUUGAACGAGAAAAGUCUGAAGAAGAUGAGGAACAGAAUCAUCCUAUGACUAAUGGUAUUGAUUCUGAUUUACCGCCUGAAGUUCCUGUAAGAGCUCCCUCGACCACACUUUCAACUGAUCCUGCUUCACCUACAAGAGUAAAAAAUAUUAUUGCGCCAACAAAUACGAGGCGGAUUGGGAGAAAAUUAUACAUUCAGUUAAUGAAAGGUCCACAAGGCUUGGGUUUUAGUGUAACUACAAGGGACAAUAGUGGUGCUGGGAACAACCCUAUCUACAUUAAGAACAUUCUGCCUAAGGGGGCAGCCAUAGCUGAUGGACGGUUAAAAGCUGGAGAUCGUCUGCUUGAGGUGAAUGGCAUAGAAAUGACUGGUAAAUCUCAGGUGGAAGCCGUAUCAAUAUUACGUAGUGUAAAGCUGGGAGGUGUCGUCAAUCUAGUUGUCUCCAGGCAAGAGUCUUCCCCAAGUAAAUUUCUUCCAAGGCCUAUCGAAGAGGCAAGCAACAUUGACGAAACCGUAACCAAGAACAAACAAAUUUUGAACUUUGACAUUGAGUUAAAUGAUACAGGGUCAGCAGGUCUAGGGGUCAGCGUCAAAGGCAAGACAGCUGGUACCGGAAGUAAUGGUGAAACCAAGGACCUGGGCAUAUUCAUCAAAUCAGUCAUUCAUGGAGGAGCUGCUUCCAAGGAUGGGAGGCUGAGACCAAAUGACCAGUUACUCUGCAUCAAUGCUGUAUCACUUCUGAACAAAUCCAACAGCGAAGCCAUGGAGACAUUACGUAAAGCUAUGUGUGCGCAACAGCCUCCAAUUUCAAAGAUUCGGUUGAUAAUUGCACGGAGAACAGACGCAUUGAAUGACAGUGUUAACGAAACUUCACUUGACACUUCACUUCAAUCAAAAUCCGCAGAAUCCUUGAAUGCUGAUCGCUUGAUUGAAGUAACGAACAAAGAUACUGACAUGCAUGAUUCACACAUGCAAAGACCUUUGAGUCCAUCUCAGCCGGAUGAAAUCCCCCCGAAAAAAGAGACAAAUGAUCAAAUUCUUGCUCAACCAUUGUAUAGUACGCCUCUAAGUAAGUCAGUGCCAAAUCGUAGUCAAUCAUACCAGAUCGCUACCCAAGCAACACCAAAGUACGUUAAAAACAAAUAUAAAGAGACAAACUUUCAUACAGAAUUAAUAGAAGAUGCACCUACUCUACCCACUGUCACAAAUGGAGAAGUGUUCCUCAUAGAAGACACAGAUUUAGACCUCAUACCACCGGUGAGGUCAUCAUACAGUUCUAGUGUAAUGCCAGAAAGUCAAAUUCAACUCCGUUCUCAAGAGCAACCACCACCUAGAUCCCCGUCACCCCCUCAGUGGGUACUAGAUUGGGCCAAAGGCCAAUCAGGCACAGACGAUUAUGAAGAAGAAGAUGACAAAAGCCCCGGGUUCACUGAUUUUAACCGUGACAGUUUUGCCCGUCGCAGUUUUUCAGAAAGAAAACAUGGAGGCUCUUUAGAUGCUCAGCAGCUGAACUGGUACAACAAGACUAGAUCUGCAAAUAAAGAAAAGCAAGACGUGUAUGAAGCCGUUGGUACAAGAAAGAGAGAAGGAAAUUCAUCAUCAGGUAAAAUGGUGAAAUCAAACUCAAGUGAAUCUUUGCUUGCUGGUACUAAUUUGACAUCUUAUCACCACACAGCAUAUGAAGAUUACUACCCAAAGCUCAAACCCAAAUCUAAAUCAUUUGCCUUCCUGUCUCCCUCUGAAAGGAAAGAUUUAGGUCCAGGACUUGGCAUGAAAAAAUCCAGUUCCUUCGAGAGCCUUCAAGCAGCCGUUGCCGAUUACACAAACGACAGCAAAGGCAGAUCAUCCCGCACUUCCGCCAAAGUGAUUCGUGGAAGAGUGUGUAACGAGAGCUUCCGUGCCGCUGUUGAUCGAUCCUACGGAGAUACACUUGAUAGGAAGGAUGUCAAAGAAAAUGGCGGUUUGAAAAUGAUGGCCAAGUCUGACGGUGCCCUCGACAAUGGCUAUAUUGGUGAUCCUUCUGAAAAACCCAUGCGUUCUUCCAAGAAAAAAACAAAAGACAGGAGAAAAACUGGAGUUCUCAAAGGGCUUGGUUCCAUGUUUCGGUUUGGCAAAAAUCGUAAGCCAGGUAUAGAUGAUAAAGGAGAUGAUGAAGAUGACGAAGAUGAGAAGAUUAAGUCAGAUGAUGAGGACAGGAGGAAAGCAAGGUAUGAAGCUGAAGAUGAACAAGAAAGAAUUCAAGAACAACACAAAAAAUUACGAGAUCAAGAAGCAGAAAGGAAGAAAGAGGAGGGACGUGAAGCGAUGAGUAAGGCAGAACGAAUGCUUCAACUACGAGAACAGCAUCAACAAAAACACAGAGAACGCAAUGGACGAUAUAAAGAUGACGAAGAGGAUGAUGAUGAUGAUGAGUACCUGGAGGAGUAUCGAGGAGAAUCCAUUUAUUCUAAACCAAAACAGCACUACCGUGAAAAUUCUGUUGACGAUAGAGGAAUUUACCAGGAAUAUAGGCAUAGAAAUCACAGGGAUAUCGAGGACAGUAUAUACGAUACGAGGAGAGAACAUAUGAAAAAUGAACGACCGCACCGUGGUAAAUCAUAUGAUCCUUACGAUAGAUAUGAUGAAACUCGGUACCAUGAGAAUAAAAGGCGGUCACGACCUGACAAUGACGGGAGGGAAAUGCGAGAACCACAAUAUGAGGAAAGAUACAGAAGCAGCUACCGUGAUGAUCAAUACAGACGUUAUAACGAUGAGCGAGAAGAUCGGUACCCACCUGAUGGCCACACGGAUGAACGACACAAAGAGUAUAACUAUCAUGAAAAGGAAAAAAGAAAUGGCUCUGCAAGAGACGAGAGGAGAUAUGAGAGUUGGCAGCGCAGAGAAAAACCAUAUGAACAGAGGUACAGAGAUGAUGCUAAAAUAUAUGAUUCAAGACGGUCACAAAAUGAUGAAAAAACUUAUGAUGUCCCACGAUAUCCAGACAGUCAAAGGGACAGAAACAGAGGACGAUUCCACGAAGAUGAUGUAUAUGAUAGAAUUGGAGAAAGGAAAAAGUCAAAAGAAUAUUCAGAUAAUGUUAGACAUUCCAGAGACAAUUAUGAUGAAAUUAAGAAAAAGGAUGAACGAAAAAAAGAGGUGGAAGAAAAAGGAGGCGAAGAUAAAAGUGAAAAGGUCAAAAAGAGUUUUAAAGACAUUGAUGAUAAAAAGCUUGAACGUGUCGAUAGCAGUAAAGAAAAAAAUGGUAAGAAAAUAGAGAGAAAAGAGAGUAAGGAAAAACUGAAGAGGAAUAAAAGUUUAGAACGCAAGGAAAGUAAAGAAAAAGAAAAAGAAGAAAAGAAAAUAAAAAAAUUACAGCGAUCUGAAAGCAAAGAAAAAAUGAAAAAGGAAAAGAAUGAAAAAUCAAACGAUACAGAAAAAGUGAAGCAAGGGAGAGAUAAAUCAAAAGAACGUUUAAAUGAGAAAUCCAAAGAUCAUAAAGAUGUGAAAAAAAAUGGUUCAGUUCCUGAAAAAUCAGAGAAAAUAUACGAGAGCUACAAAAGAAAAGAUGAAAAGGACAAUGAAAUAUAUGAAACCAGGCGUAGUCACAGGGACGAGAGAAACGGAGAUAAAAGUCGGCAUCGAAGUGAGAGAAGUAGGUACAAAGAAGAUGAUUAUGGAUUCCAUCAAGAUGAAAGACGUCCACACAGUAAAGAACGGUCGCACCAUUCACGAAUAAGAAGAGCUAGUAGUCCACCCGAUUAUGGCAGUCUAGACAGAAGGAAGAAUGGUAGUCCUAAGAAAUCGCAGUUUCAUUCUACUACACACCUUGAAAAUGGACCAGUACAUUCCCGACAUCGAUCCUACGAUCAAAGCUACAGACGAGUGGAGCGUAAAGAAGCAAUUUACAGCAGGGACAAUCACUCAAACUACAGUCGUCCAUCUGCCACUGACAUUGAUUAUCGCGGUGAAUAUCAGCGUUAUCGUCCACACUCUCCCACUUCAAAUCAUUGUGUGGAUUAUGAUCAACGAUGGGAGAACCGCAAACCGGUACCGAAUUACAGAGAUCAUUACGGUUACAACAAUGAAUAUCGCGAGUACCGUUCGCAACCAUCAAGUGCCCGCCAAUCACCUUACCCUCAAUACGAGGAUUACGAUCGUGAAACAUACGAAGCGGCGCGUGUGUAGGUCAGAUUAUCCACACAAGGAUGUUAUUGCCUUGGGAAAGAGACUUUAAAUAACAAAACCUUGAUCUUGUGUACUGUGCUGUAAGAUUCUACAAGUUUUGAGUUUUUGAAUUUGUCGCAACUGAGGACCCUACUUUACGUUAUCUGCGAUUAUAUUAGUGUAAAAGUUUUCUUUUCAUAAUUGCAGGAGUUAUUUAAUUUCUGCAUUAAAUCUCAAAAUGUAUUCUGGUAAAUGAUUUAUCUCAUGUAUCGUUUGGUGCUUUUAAGCGUAACAACAAAUUGGAUUUUAUUAUCAAUUGUUUAUAGAUGAAUUUGAAACAAAAACCAUUUAUAUUAAAAGAAAUGUUGUAUAAAAAAAUAUUUCUUUCUUUACCAACCAUACUGUGGUUAUGUGAAUUAUUAGAUGCAUGGUCAUUAUAUAUUUUUGACAGUAAACAGUAUUGUAUAUUCUAUAUUUUGUAUAAAAACCUAUAGACUAGGUCCAAGAAUCAACUGACAACUCCUCUAUUGUUUUACUUUGUUAUAUAUUAAUGUAUAUAAGUAGAAAUCAUUAUUUGACAGUAGUAGAUAGAAGAGGCUGUGGUGACGCAUUUUUAAGAGCACUGUGUGUUGUAUAUACAUAUCUGAAGACAUCCUAACAGGGUUUAGACUAGUAAUGAUAACCAAUGAUAUCUGGUACUAACAGGCAACAACUAUUUAUAACAAGUACUUUUUUUGUUUUUUAUCCUCUUCCAUUUUGCAUUUUUGUAAUCGCUAGUCUUGACUGUAUCUCGUUUCUUAUUGUGAUCAUCGUUGUUGUCAUUAUUGUCGUUAUUGUUAUCAUGCUUAUAAUCUUGACAUAUAUCCAUUUUCUAUAUUAGAUUUGUAUAUUUUUAUUGUAACCUCAUAUUCACCAGCUUUUGUUUUAAACUCUUCAUUGUCAGUCUAUCUUGAUGUUAUAUGUGGUUUAUGUUUCUUUUUAUUAUAAAACAUUUUCUUCUAAUUGCAAAAUAAUGUCAUAAUGCUUUAGAUAAACAAGUUUAUUAGUUAAUAAUCUAAAUUAGUUGGCUUCAGACUAUAAGUCGGUGCACUGGCUACUUAUGUUCCAAUAUUUAUGCCUAUAUGCCAUUAUAAAUAUUUUUGUAUUAAUUUUUUUUUUUUUUUUUUUUUUUUUCAUAAUUUGAAUUGCUUGUACCUAUCUCUUGGUGAUUAUAUGUAAAACAAUCUAAAACUCAAUAUCAAAAAUAAUAAUAGUAACAGUUAUCAUUUACAUGAUUUUUUUUAAAUUGAUACAGUGGCGUAACAAAGAGGCCCAGGGCCAUUGUCUGACCACAGCUUCUUCAGGGCUUACUACUCUUGGACUGGGCACUCAUAGAACCCCAGUCAUGUAAACCCACGCUAUGAGGUUUUAGGGCGUAUUUCAUUUUUUUUUUUUUUUUUUUGUGCUUGUUCUGCUCAUUCACGGCCCAAUACGGCCGAUUGAGGACCCAUGGGCCUGACAAAAAAAAAAUGCUAAUUAGUAUGCUGAAGUCUUUACUGGGCCCCUGGCUUAGCCAGUGCGAGCUCGAAUGCGUUACGCCGCUGAAUUAAUAUUUGUAUUGUUAUUCGUUUACAUAUUUAUUUUGUUAAAUGCUGUACAUUAUUUCCUUAUCUCCAACUUUAGUCACCAAUACCUUCCACCAGUCUUCUGUUAGUUGAUAUAUUUUUUGUGACGUACAUUAUGCCGAUGAAUUUGUGAGAUUUUAGCGUGAUAUAAGUUUUAUUUUUUAUUUCUUUUAGUAAAAGAUUUUGUAGAUUAUAUUCUAAUUUUAACACAAUUAUGGUAUUAGUAUUUUGUUGUUGCGCUAUUCUUUAAAAUAUGUAUAUUUUCAAUAUACCAUGCUAUGCAUACUGAUUGUAAAGAUGUGUUUCUUUCAUUAUUUACUUAUUUUAAUAUGAUAAUAAUUAAUUGAUAAACUAACCAAAAAUUAUAUCAUUUUGAGUUAUAGUCUACUAAUCAUUCAACAAACUUUUGAUCAUUUUGUAUUUUAACAGCAACUCCCUAUGCCACAGAUGGGCAAAGCACAGCUCACAAAAAUAAAUUAACCCAUGUGUUUGUUUUAAGAGUCUGAUCCGACUACAAUCUUGGGCUAAAAAAAAUCCUGUUCUUCUUACGGCCCGAUCCUGAUAAUCUGUAAAAAAUUAUAUUAAUAACAAAAUAAUAAUAAUAUUGAUAAUUAUAAAUUGCAUGGAGGUUCUUACAGGGCAAGUUUCAAAGUUUCUCCGUACAGCGCCUAAGCGUGAGUGAAGCCCUUGGUGUUAAAUCAAAAAUUCAAUUUGGCCCUCAAACCCAUUUUUAAGCCCAAAAUUGCCCUAUUCCUUUGCCAUCUUUUUUUCCAACUGCAUGUCUAAUUAUGAUGUUAUUGAUAAUUUAUAUUAAUUCUGCAUGCACACAGAUGUGACAUUUUACCUAAGUAUACUACCAUUAAUAUUUUUCCAUUUUUUGAAAAUUAUCUGUAAUUUUUUUAUGUAAUAAAUGUUCAUAAUUCUUAGUUAAUUUUACUCUUUUAUUGUCUUUUUUUACAAUUUACUAAACUGUGGUGUGUUCAUGUUUCCAGAAGAGAGUUGAUUGUUUUUAAUAAAAUUUAUAAUAAAAUGUUUGAGGAAUAACUUUCCGAUGAAUUAAAAUAACAAAGCCAUAGAUUAACGGGAAAUACUGCUUUCAAAAUAAAAUUGUAUAGAUGAGUGUGUGAAGAACUUACAGAAUGAAAGUCUUCAUUAUUUGAACUAUAUAGCUAUUUGUUCAUUAUGUUAUAUAGCAGUCUGUUAUAUAAUGUUAUAUAACAAGUAUGUUUUAUGUUAUAUAGCAUAGUAUAUUUUAUGUUAUACAACAAAUAGUUAUGUUAUAUAGCAAGUAUUUUAUAUUAUGCUGUAGAGUAUGUUAUAUAACAAGUGUGUUAUAUUAUGUUAUAUACAGCAAGUAUUUUAUAUUAUGCUAUAUACUGUAUAUUAUAUAACAACUAUGUUAUAUUAUGUGAUAUAAUAAGUAUAUUUUAUGUUAUAUAACAAUUAUAUUAUGUUAUAUUGCAAGUAAGUUAAUGAGAAAACGUAUGUAAUGAUAUAAUCUGUUAACAGCUCAUGUGAAUCAUAGAUGAUGUUCUGUUUUAUUAGGAACAAAGUCAUCUGUGGCUGGUGGUUUUUGUUUCAUCCUGACACGAUGUACAGUACAUAAAUGUUUUACAUGAAGCAGUUGGGAUGAUACAAUACUGUAAUUGUACAUUUGAUAUCUGUUGCCAUUUUGUAUUGUAAAUAAAAACUUUGUUGAAUUUAAAGGGCAAGUAUAAGCAAGUUGUUGUUGACAACACAGUUAUUAGAGGACCAAGAUUAUCAUCAAUCACUAUACAGUUCAUUAACUGCCAGCGAUAUAUUUAUGGCGUUAUCCAAGUGCCAAAUACUGAGUUGUACAGAGCAGAUUAACACUGCAUUUACAGUUGGACUUGUGAAGAUUGCAUACUCUAUGUAGUCUUUUGUGUUCUUUCAUCAAAUUACCUCUGUUCCCAUAGAUGACUUUAUCUAUGGUUGUUACCAACUGUUGUCCAUAACUGAAACUUAUGCAAAACUGCACCACAGCAUUUUUUUGUAUUUCAGAAUAAAAUAUCAUACCCAUAA